GCUUCCGGAAUUUGUUGCGAUGACGAUCGUAGAGGACGUUGUUCGCGGUACGGAAUGUUUUUAUGCAAAUGAAUUAUGACGUCGUUGCCGCUCGCGAACGUAGAUAUAUGCAAAUUUUUGCUUUUUCUCGCUGUCGCAGCGUUUGCCGGACGUGUGUUUUUCUUGUGCCUUUGCGAUUUUAUGUUUUUUUUUUCUUCUCGUGCGACGUGUUUCGAAUAUUGCCGGAAAUAAUAAUGACGGCGACUUCUGAAGUAGCCUUUCCCGAGGAAUUUUGGAGUAAGUGCGAUUCGCAAGUGUUCUUCGGGUUAUUCGCCAACGAAUAUGACGAUUUGGGGCUGGACGAGAGAAUUCCGUCGGAUGUGAAACUGGCCGUAAAACUUGGUUUACAGCAGGUCGAAGAGGUAUGUGCUAAUUGUUCCCGUCCGUGUAAGUAGUGUACCGUGCCGAUAGGAAAUCCGUGGCGACGAGAUGCGUCUAUUGUAAAAGAAAUGGUUCCGCCUUCGUCGGCACUUUUAAGAGUAAGUGCGGCCACGUUUCCUGGGGCAAGAUACUUUCCUUCGUAUGGCACUUGCUGUGCUUAGAAUGCACGCUGACGAAUGCGGCCCUGGCCUGUAGUAUUAGUAAUCGUACGUCUGUCGACUGGGCGAACUAUAUACGUUUGGUUAUGAUGAUAGCCGUGAAUAACGUAUCGUCGUUUAAAAUAGGAGGGCCGAACAAAACGGUAGAGAUCGACGAGACCGUAAUAUCCCGACGAAAAUACGACAGGGGUCGCAAAUUGAAGGGCACGAGGUGGGUAGUCGGCGGAGUGUGUCGCGAGGAUAACACGUGCUUUGUCUGUAAAGUUAACGACAGGAGCGAAGAGACAUUGAAUUGGAUAAUUUCGAAAUUCGUUAAUUUCGGAAGUACGGUGCUGACCGACGAGUGGAGGGGUUACUAUCACAUAAACGAGGUAGAAGGCGUAGAAAUAGUUUGCGAACCCCGACAGUGGCGUACACACUCAGAAGGUAGAAAGGCUGUGGGGCGCAUUAAAAGACAGGAGACAUCUGCCCAAACAUUACACCUAAGAGCUGUCGGAUUCCUAUCUGUACAUGUUCAUGUACAAGAAAUUGUUCAAAUGGCAUGCGAUGAAGCCCGGAGAACGCUUCCAACUGUUCGCGAAACAUUUAAGUUUUAUAUAUCCAGGAUCGGGUAAGAUCCCCGCGUGGAAGGAACCAGCGACCGUGCCCGCCGCUCCAGAAAGCCGGAAGAAAAAGGAGAAAACGAAAGGAAAGGAAACCAAAAGAGCCGAGAACAGCACGACCGUUCGUCGCAAAAGAAAAUCCAGCGAAGAAAAUUAAGCCUCCUCCUCGUCCAGUGUUUCCACCAGCCAAGUUAGCUUGGCCAUUUCACAACAGAGACCUCAGCCUUAUAGACAGCUGGCUAAGACUUCACCUGUGUGCCUCAACUUCUGGAGUGUUCACCAAGGGAAAGUGCAACUUCUCUCCGGCGGCUCAUCACAGAGACCUUCCACGGAUCAUAUUCCUUCGGAUUACAAAGUAAAAUAUUCGCAGUGAGUACCCGCUGCUCUUUUGUUUCUGUUCAGUACUUCAGUUUACACAUAGUUGAUAAUUUUUGGUGUCGGUCGUAAACUAGUGUGUUGGCCAGGCUCUUCCAUUUUCCUUGCGCAUCUAAUGUUGGCGUGGGAACUGACCCACACUGUGUCUUAUCUGCAACCAUGUCUGAGGACAAUUUUUUAAAUACUACCGACCAGCAGAUGGCUGCUUUCGAGGUCUUAGACAAACUCAAGGCUUAUCUGGCUAAUAAUAAAGACACCAAAAUUGGCAAACAGCAACAUCCUAAAUAUAUCAUCAGAAGUGUUGAACGUAUAAUAGACAUUUUCACCAACCACACUGGUAUACAAAAACUAGAAGAAAUUUCUGCCAGGCUAGACCAAUUAAUGGAAGACAAGAAGGACAGCAAAAUUUUGGAAAAACAGGAUAAUAUCCUAGAAAAGCUAAACACCAUGGGGACAGCAAAAACAACUGCUUAUACCCAGCCAUUAUAUAGCACAGUGCUAAAAUCGGGUAUUAACGUCAACAUGCCCUAUAAAGCAAAACAAACAACGCAUGCAUCUUCCAAUAAUGUCCUGCUGGUUUACAGCAUGGAUGAAAACAGCACUAGUGAAAAACUUCAGAAACUGCUGCAAAUGGAAAUCCAGCCUUCAGCCUUGAAAAUUGGUGUCGAUCUUAUUAGAAAGAUUGCUGGUGGAAGUGUUGCAAUUGACCUCGAAAAACAAGAUGAUAUUGCCAACCUCGAAAUUAGCAUCAGGGAAAAACUUCCUGAAGUCAGUGCUAGGCUCCCUAAGAAAAGGAAGCCUCACAUGAUUUUAUACUCUGUCCCCAACCAUGAGUCAAAUGAGUGCAUUAUAAAAUCCAUGUACGAUCAGAACGACCUCAUCAGAGAAACAUUCUCUGAAGAGGAAUUUGGUCAACAUCUUCGAAUAAAAUUUACCACUGGGAAAAAAGAAGCCAAAUUUAAAAAUCAUGUUUUAGAAGUCACACCUAAAUUACAACAGUACCUGCUAAUGAUCGGAAAAAUCAAUAUCGAAUGGUCCCACUGCAGGGUGGGUGACUUCUGCCCAGUCCUGUAGUGCUUCCGUUGCUGCGCUUACGGGCAUUCAACAAAAAACUGUGCCCAUACUAAAAAUACUUGUAGCCACUGCCACCAGGAACAUUCAUUUAAAGAUUGCCCUAACAGAAAAGAAACCAGAAUGUUGCAACUGCCUUCAUGAGAAACUUGCCAACACUGAUCAUAAUGCUAGAGACAGCUCCUGCCCAGUCUAUCAAAGAACCAAGCUAAACAUUAUCUCCAGAACCGAUUAUGGCUCAGAAUAAUCGACGACAAAUAAGUUUUCUCCAAAUCAACUUGGGCAGAGGCAUUAAUGCCACUUCUCUCUUAACUGCCAACAUCAACAAAUACGACUUUAUUUUCAUUCAGGAGCCAUAUUGUCAAAGGAACGUCCCUGCAUGUCUUCCCACUUCCACUACUGUCAUAAAAGGAACAACGAACUACCCCUGGGCUAGCUCUGUCAUAAACAACAAAAACUUUCCAAUUCUUCUUCACAGCAAUGAGCACAUUGUGUGCAUUGAGACAACUAUAAAUAACAGCACCUUCAUUAUCAUUAAUGUCUACUGUCCCUAUAAUAACAAUAUUAACCUUCUCCAAGACACCAUCAACAACCUUCAGUACAACAACCUUCUCCUUGUUGGUGAUUUCAAUUCACAUUCCCCUGCCUGGGGGACGACAGAGGGACUGCCUUAGGUGAUUUUCUCGCCACCAAUAACUUAAUUCUCAUAAAUGAUCCACAUUCCUCACCAACAUUCUACAGUUCUAGGGGCCACAACUGGAUUGACAUUACUGGUGCCUCAUUUCAGUGCUCUAAUCUCGUCACGGGCUGGAGGGUCCUCCAGGAGAAUUCACUCAGUGAACAUGCCUACCUCCACUUUACGAUAAAUAAUGUAACUACCACUGGUAACACCAACCUUUCACUACGUUAUAAUUUAUCACGUGCUGAUUGGGAUGGCCUCACCAGCUUCCUUCGGACAAAACUCACCACUUACAACCCCAGUGAUUUUGAUGACGCCAGUAAUUUUCUUGACAGCUCUAUUGAAAACAUUAACACAGCCUGCAAUCUAUUCAUUCCACGUACCUCUCACCUUCACAGGGCUGUUCCCUGGUGGGAUACAAAGCUCUCCGAUAUGUGCAAAAGUGUUAGACACCUCCGGAAGAAAUAUCAAAAUUGUAGAAGUGAACCAGAAUGCAGCCACCUCAAAGAACAAUACCUGCAGAAUCAGAAGAUUUAAGCAAGAAAUAAAAAAUGCAAAGAUCACCUCUUGGAGGAGCUACUGUACAAAAGCCUCCAGCAAGCCCUUGGGCUAUAUAACAAAGCUCUGCACAGGCAAGCUAAAAAGAAGUCACAUCCUUGAAACAAGUAACAAUGAUAAUUUAUCAGACGUCAUGAAGAAAAAAAUAAACACCUGCCUCGAUGUCAACCCUGCAGAUGAUGACACAUGGCAACAAGAUAUCAGGAAAGCAGACUACCAUAAACAAUCCAAACACCCCUCCUUUCGAUCAGCAUGAGGUGGAUAAGAUAAUCAGUGAGCUUCCAGCUACUAAAGCGCCUGGCAUUGAAGGCAUCUCAGCAAAACUUGUGAAAAAGCUCUGGGACUUGUUCCCUACUCAACUGUUGCAUAUCUACAACACCUGCCUGCAGUAUGGCAUCUUCCCGGAAGCCUGGAAGGUAGCCAAGCUGGUUCCUAUUCCCAAACCUGGCUCGUCCACUUGCAGGCUGAUUUUGCUCCUUCCCAUUUUGGGUAAGGUGUUAGAAAAAUUAAUUACCACAAGGCUAUCUUGGCACGUGGAAGCUACACACAGGCUCCAUGGGGCACAAUUUGGCUUCAGGCACCAAAGGUCUUCUAAUGACACAAUCCAUAAUGUCACCACCAAUAUUCACCAACUCCUCAACCAGUACAAAUAUGUCUUAGGCAUAAGCCUAGACUUCGAGAAGGCCUUUGACAGCAUCUGGUGGCCCUUGAUCCUCAAGGGGCUCAACAACGUAGCCUGCCCCACCAACCUCUUCAACCUUAUCCGUCACUACUUAAACAACAGGAAAGCUAUUCUCGAUAUCGGCAAUCUCUCUCACCAAAAAACCGUUGCCAGGGGUUGCUCGCAGGGCUCUGUCUGCGGCCCCCUGCUAUGGAAUAUCACGUUUAAUGACUUUCUUAACUCACAUUUGGCCAGGAUUCCCUUACCGCCUUUGCAGACGAGGUAAUGGUCUUGGUCAACGGCUCAUCCAGAGCAGAUCUUGAAAGGAAGGCCUCUAGUAUCCUCUAUAACAUCUAUCAUUGGGGCAUUCACCACAAAUUACAUUUCAACCCCCAUAAAACUAAGGGUAUCAUUUUCACCAAUCCUCGCAAGCCCAAUCUCUACAAAAGAACUCCAACCAUCAAAAUGGACGGUCACUCAAUUAAAAUUGAGAAAACCCUAAAAUAUCUGGGGGUCACACUAGAUUACCAUCUCUCCUGGGAACAGCACAUUAAGUAUAUUUGCGACAGGGUCAGCCUCAUUUUCCAGGGUGGCCAAAAAUAGCUGGGGCCUAAACUCAGAAGCUAUGAGUAUAAUUUACGAUUCAAUUUUCGUCCCUAUCAUCACUUAUGGGUGCGGUACUUCGGGAAAGGCUGCUGCCAAAUCCCACCCACGUCGGAGGCUCAUCUCCGCCCAGCGGACUGCCAUGCUUCACAUCGCAAAGGCCACCACCCCUAAUGCCAGCCUUCAAGUAAUAUGUAAAAAGCCUCCGAUUGAUAGUCAUCAAUCUAUUCAGUGACACUUGGAACAUCAAGUGGGGCAACGACAUCGUCACCAGUACAGGUAUCAUUCGGGCUGACUUGCUCGAGCGUCCUAUUGACUUUUGUAAAUCCCCUUACCCGAACGAGUUAACUAACCUCUCCCACAACUCUCAUCCUGAGCCUUCAAUAAACAUCUAUACUGAUGGGUCAAAAAGUGAUAAUAAUGUAGGCUGCAGCUUUGUUGCCUAUCAGAACAAGACAGAGAUCUUUCAUCACAGAGCCCGCUUGCAUGGCAGCUGCUCUGUCUUCCAGUCAGAGCUGCUUGCCAUCAAGUUGGCCAUCGAGUGGUGCACCACAAACUACCAUAACUUGAACAUCACACUCCAUUCGCUCUGCUAUUUCUCUCCUUCAUCGCAAGAAUCUCCACCCCAUCGCACAAGAAAUCCACGAGGCCGUCAAAUACACUGAUAACUCUAUCAGAAUUAUCUGGGUACAAGCCCACCAGGGCAACACUGGGAACGAGUGGGCAGAUGCCCUGGCCAAAUCUGCGGCCACUGAUGAAACUUUACCAAUAGACUACAGCAAAUUUAACCUACAUACCUGUACUAUCAAAAAGCUACUAUGGACCGAUCUUCACACCAACUGGCAAAACGACUGGGACUUAAAUCAAAAUAUUACAUAUAAAUUUUUUCCGGAUAUUUCUGCAAUAUACUCUUAUAGAUGGAUCACACCCAACUUUCAGCUUAUGCAAUUUCUGACCAGCCACGGCCGCUUUCACUCAUACCUUAAGCGUUUCGUCAACCUACAAAACAGUGGCCUCUGCCCUAUUUGUAAUAUGCAGGAUGGCAGCCUCCAUUACAUUCUAGAGUGUGCCAUGUUGGAGCCUGAGAGAUCACAGCUUCGCAUCCUCAUCAACCACAAGCAUGGCCACUGGCCAAGUAAUAAUCACGAGUUCUUGAGUGACCUGAUAAAUGAUAUGGGCACCUUCAACCAAUUUGUACAACUCAUCUACCAGUACAACAGGAGGACUAAUGUCCCCACUAGUAACUGAACUUCUAGGUAAUAUGUAAUUCAGAUUGUAUAUACUGUAUAGUCUCUCUUCCUGCUAAUGCUAUUACAUUGUAUUGGUGUACUUAUCAGUACUGUGUACUUUAUUCUUUGUAUUCUGUUUUCACCAUUUAUUCAUCUUAUAUUAUAUGCUCUCCAUUGUAUAAGUAUUGUUGCUCAAGUAUCAACAAUUAAUUGUGCCUUCAUAUAUGCUUAUUCAUUCUACAACUGUAUUUGCCUAUUCUACAGUUAUAUUGUCAAGUUUUAUUCCUUUGUAAAUUCCAUGUACCAUAUGUACUAUUGCAUUGUAUUCACUAAUUGCCCAUUGCUUACUGUAUCCACUUCAAAGUUUAUAUAUUGUCCGCGUUUACAUAUUUAUGUGAAAUUGUUUAUUUGCAAUCCAUUUUCUGUAACCUAUGUCCAGCUAUGCCUAGUGGUGCUGGACAUGCAUCUUUAUGCAUUAAUAAAAUAAUUGAAUUGGUGGAAGCCUACGACCUUGGGUGGAAGCUACACACAUAUAACGAUUCCAAUUCUAUCGAGAACCAGUUCUGGGCUGUUAGCCACCUGCCCAUUAGAUAUUUCAAUUACGUGAAUAACGAGUAGAUUUAUAACUUAACCCAACCGAUAAGAACUUACUGGUAUGUUUUUACGAUAGUUCUGUAUAGUUGACAGGAUGAAAUUCUGUACAGAUUAAUAUCACUGGUUUCAAUGAAACCAGUGAUAUUACGAUUUCGUGUA